GGCUCAGGCUCCCGUGCAGGGGGGAGGCGGAGGCAGCGCAGGGCCUGCGGGGAGGAGGGCUCCAGUGACCGAAGCCGGCUUUGCAUCACCGAAACCGGGACCUGGGUUCCGCAGCAGAAUGGCAGACAUGCUGGGACUGAUAGAGAGACUGGAGUGUGCAGUCAGCCGGCUGGAGCAGCUGUCUGCGUGUUCACAUGGGCCUCCUGGAGACUGUGGAGAAGUCAAUGGUGUCAAUGGAGCAGGCAUGGCACCGUCUGUGGAAGCCUUUGACAAGCUGGUGAACAGUAUGGUGGCGGAGUUCUUGAAGAAGAGCAGAGUCCUUGCCGGUGACGUAGAGACUCAAGCGGAAAUGGUACACAGCGCUUUCCAGGCCCAGCGUGCUUUCCUUCUCAUGGCCUCCCAGUACCAACAGCCCCAGGAGAAUGAGGUGGCCGUCCUUCUGAAACCCAUAUCCGAGAAGAUUCAAGAAAUCCAGACUUUCCGAGAGAGAAACAGGGGGAGCAGCAUGUUCAACCACCUCUCCGCAGUCAGCGAGAGCAUCCCCGCCCUGGGGUGGAUAGCUGUGUCCCCCAAACCUGGUCCUUAUGUCAAGGAGAUGAAUGAUGCUGCCACCUUUUACACUAACAGGGUCCUGAAGGACUACAAACACAGUGACCUACGCCAUGUGGACUGGGUGAAGUCUUACCUCAACAUCUGGAGCGAGCUUCAGGCCUACAUUAAGGAGCACCACACCACAGGCCUCGCUUGGAGCAAAACAGGCCCUGUAGCACCCACGGCAUCCGCGUUUUCCGUCCUCUCCUCUGGGCCUGGUCUCCCACCACCACCUCCACCACCACCUCCUCCUGGGCCGCCUCCACUUUUUGAGAAUGAGGGUAAAAAUGAAGAGUCUUCUCCUUCUCGCUCAGCUUUAUUCGCCCAGCUGAACCAGGGAGAAGCCAUCACAAAAGGGCUCCGGCAUGUCACAGAGGACCAGAAGAUAUACAAGAACCCCAGCCUGAGGGCUCAAGGACAAACUCGAUCGCCAACCAAAACCCACAAUCCAAGCCCUACAUCUCCAAAAUCAAAUUCUCCCCAGAAACACGCCCCAGUGUUGGAGCUGGAAGGGAAGAAAUGGAGAGUGGAAUACCAAGAGGACAAGAAUGACCUUGUCAUCUCAGAGACUGAGCUGAAACAAGUGGCUUACAUUUUCAAAUGUGAAAAAUCCACUCUUCAGAUAAAGGGAAAAAUAAAUUCCAUCACUGUUGAUAAUUGCAAGAAAUUUGGCCUGGUGUUUGACAACGUGGUGGGCAUUGUGGAAGUGAUCAACUCCAAGGACAUUCAGAUCCAGGUAAUGGGGAGAGUGCCAACAAUUUCCAUUAAUAAGACAGAAGGCUGCCACCUGUACCUCAGUGAAGAUGCACUGGACUGUGAGAUCGUGAGUGCCAAGUCGUCUGAGAUGAACGUCCUGAUCCCUCAAGGUGACGAUUAUAGAGAAUUUCCCAUUCCUGAGCAGUUCAAGACUGUAUGGGACGGAUCCAAGCUGGUCACCGAACCCGCAGAAAUCAUGGCCUAACUUCCAGGAGCUGUCCUUCCCUGAGACUCCUCUAGCAAACAAACAGAAGCAAGCAGCUACUAGGAACUAGAUUUCAUCCUCACCCUCUGUCAGCCCCCUGCAGCUCCGUGCUGUGGAAACAGUGUCUCUUCUGGUACGCUUCUGUGGGCAUUUUGAAGUAUUUAACAUUUAAUCAUGAUUUGUGUGUGAUUUUAGUUCCACGUGAGCACAGCAGAAUUAAAGGAGAAAGAAUUCUGGUCCCACCCUAUCAUGAAUGCCACAACAGAUAGUAAAAUCCCUGCUCACGUCUUUACUUAGGUUUAAUUGCUAGUUGCAAACUGAAGCCUUAGAGCAACCAUGUGUGUUUUUACCUUCUAGACAAUUUUAAUAUGAUAAAAUACUCUUGUGCCCUAAAAAAUAUGACUCUAUUUUUAAUUUUUACAUGUUCAUCUUUAUCGGUGUGGCUAUCUAGUCAGCAUGAAUACAUAUUUCAAUCCAUGCUUUUAUAAACACACACACAUACACACACAGGAAAAGUCCAAAGACCAAACUUGGUUUCUUGGUCCUGGGAAGAACAAACACCUUUACAGUUACUGAAAAACGAAAGAAAUUCUAACUUUUUGUGUUAAAUACUUCCCUGAUACGUCACUUGAAAACCCUCAUCUGUCUGCAUAUCCUGAAGCCAAAGGGCGGGAGGGGGACACAGUCCUCAUUUUGCUUUCUAAUACCUCACAGCUCUGCUCCAAGAAUAGCUCAGCCUUUGCUUUCCAGUUUUAAAGUCGCUCAUACUUUCCAACGCCCCAUACCCGCUGGAAUGCUUGUUAAAGAUGUCCUUUUCUGUCUACUGGGCUCACCAUUGCUAUCCAGCCUCAAAGAUGAAGGCCAGAGAGCCAGACUAUUGCCUCUUGCACUGUUUGUGGUUUGGCUCCGCUCAGGUUUUCUAGUCUUGAUAGUUCACGCUUUUUCAAGUGAGUAAUGACGCUCCUCGGCUUCUCUUCUCUGCACAGCACUGGGAACUCUGCGGUUCCUUGGGUCAUAUUGUAGCGUGACACUUUUGGAACCAAUAGGAGCAUCUAGAUUGUGCCUAUGAGUAUCAUUUUCUCUGAAUAUCAUUUUCAUUUUUUUGAAUAGCUUCUAUAUCCAAUUAGUAUCCAGAUCACUGAUGUUCGUGUAUCAAGGUUUUGCUAUAAGAGUUCUGUCCUUAUGAACAACAUUGUGGCUUUAGUAAAUAUCAUUUUUGAACAGUAAACUUAUACCAAGUAAAAACUAAUUGUUUAAAUCCUGA